AUGGCUCAGCCUACUGAAACAUACGAAUAUCUAUUUAAAUUUCUUAUAAUCGGUAGUGCAUCUACAGGAAAAUCCUGUAUAUUACAUCAAUUUCUUGAAAAUAAAUUUAAAACCGAUAUAACACAUACAAUCGGUGCCGAAUUUGGCUCUAAAGUUAUAAAUAUUAAUCAAAAAAAUGUUAAAUUACAAAUAUGGGAUACAGCUGGCCAAGAAAGAUUUCGUUCAGUUACACGUAGUUAUUAUCGUGGUGCAUCUGGUGCUUUAUUAGUGUAUGACAUUGCAAAUCGAGAAAGUUAUAAUGCUGUUGCAAAUUGGUUAUCUGAUGCUCGUUCAUUAGCCAGUCCAAAUAUUGUAAUUAUUUUAUGUGGAAAUAAAAAAGAUUUAGAAGAUCAAAGACAGGUUACCUUUCUUGAAGCUAGUCGAUUUGCAGAAGAAAAUGAUUUAAUGUUUCUCGAAACAUCGGCAAUGACAAAUGAAAACGUAACCGAAUGUUUUCUUAAAUGUGCACGUGUAAUUUUAAGCAAAAUUGAUUCAGGUAGUAUUGAUCCAUAUCGAAUGUAUUCUGGCAUUCAAUUUAAUCGAUCACUUGCUGCUAAUCAAUUUGAUCUUAAUCAAAAUAAUAAUUCAGCUAAUGAUAGAAUACAAAAAUCAUCAAAUAGUUGACAAACACCCGAUGAUCAAAUGGGCGUGGGAAUCUUUUAUAAUAAUCGACAAACUCGUCGUUUAACAGGAACAUUUAAUGUACCGUCAGAUUUAAAUAUUAAAAAACAAAAAUCUACUUGUGCAAAAUGUAAUUAA